AAAGAAAAAAAAAGCCUGUCGACACGCGCCGUAGCGGACGGUUUUGCAUUUUUCCAUGCAGCGUUUCCUUCCAUACGACGUCGUGUCGUCUUCUUCCCCUUGCCAAGUUCCAAUUCCGCUCCAGAAAUAAAGAACCCUAAAUCCCCAAAGUUCCCGAAACCCUAAAAACUUUUGCUCCAGCCAGAUCCAACUUCAAUUUCUACUUCUCAUUCCGCUUUGGCAUUCUUCCGAAUAAGGUUCAGCUUUAGAUUCUGACACAUGUUCGGAUCAGCCAACUUCGCACUAACCCUGAUGAUGUGUGAGAUUUGGAAUGCAUAACAAUGGCUCUGUGUUUUCUUGUUUGAGGUCGAAACCAGUAGGGAAAAGUACACUCUUGAGGGUGGGGUUUUGUGAAUUUUUGGAUUGUAAUGGAUACCAACAUGACUGAAAGGACGUCUCCGACACAAACCAAAUGGAGAAAAGUGGCUUAUGGAGGGAUGCAACCUGGGUUUGAUGACAAUCACACUGAUGAAUCAUUUCUUGAAGAGAUGGUUACAAAUGCCAAUGUGCGAAAAAGGGACAUGCUAAAAGUGAUGCAGGAUUCAGUUUCCAUCUCCCAGUAUCUGUGCAUCGUAACUCUCACUGGUUUGGUUUGGAUCUACACCCUCAGAUCAACUCUGAACGAAAAUUCGCUUUUGCUUCUUGAUGUCACCCUUCUCGGGUUGGGUUUUCUCAUACUCCUUUUAACUCAAGAAAUGUUUUCCCUCAAUCUUCUUUUCCAUUACAUCCUCAAUAUUUCUUUUUUUACCACCGGCUUAUAUCUUCUAGCUCCUAUUUAUCAAACUCUUACAAGAUCCAUUAGCUCAGACUCUGUUUGGGCAGUAACCGUCUCACUCCUUGUGCUUCACCUUUUUCUCCAUGACUACUUUGGGUCCACCAUAAGAACUCUUGAGGCCCCAAACAAUCCGACAUUGACAAGUUGCAUCUCUUUAAAUGCUUCUGUUGUGGCCUCGGUUUUCAUGGCUUCGCGCCUGCCUUCAAGUCUUCUUGUAUUUGCGAACAUGCUUUUCUCCCUGCAAGUUUUCCUUUUCGCUCCAUUGGUAACUUACUGCAUCAGGAAGUAUUCCUUCCGUCUGCACCUCUGGUUUUCGUUUAGUCUGAUGGUUGCAACCUUGGCUUUUGUUUAUACGCUGCACUUGUUUCUUUUCGUGAUGCUGUUAGGGUUGUUGGUUUUUGUAACUGUGGUCUGUCCGUAUUGGCUGAUACGGAUGCAGGAGUACAAAUUUGAGAUUAACGGUCCGUGGGAUGAGGCUAAGCUUUGUUUUGAGAUUGUAGAUUGAGAUUUUGAGUGCCGUUACGACUGUUUGUUGUAAUAUAUGUAAUUUCAAUGUAGAACAUACAAAUGCUGUGUAAACAUUAUCUUCUGUAGCUCUUACCGUUAAUCGUGUUUAGUGAUGUUAUGCUUAUCAACUUAUGUCAUUAUAAAUCGGUUUUUCUUCGGUGCAUAGUAGUUAUAUGCUUCAAUCGGUAGAUGGGUCUCGAGUUCAAAUAUCCUUCCCAACUCAACCAAUCCCCAAUUCUCAUUAAGGAAGAAAAAGGUCAUAAUUUUUCUUUUCUUCUAUUUUUCUUUAGUACCUACAUGCACUCAACCUUUCCUCUUGCGGUCCACCCAUCGAUGCAAGCCAUUUUUCGAGGCAAUCAAAAAGGCGCAGGGAAACAAGUGCGACGAUGAGUGCGAGAAAGCGUUCUAGAACAAUUAUUUAUCAUCAAUUUACGCUUUGGAUCAAUUUCAAUGGUCAAAAUAUGUAUUUACUUUUUUUUUUUUUUUUUUGACAAACGGUAAGAUAAUUUACAUUAAACUAGAUCAAACAGAAGACCGCAGAGUCGGUUAAAGUCACUUGAUAAACAUAUGAAUGUGAAAUGGGUGGCCCAGUUGAAAAACCUUGCCCACCAAGCCCACCUAGCAGCCCAGGCCACAACCCAUUCCUGUCCAAUGUCUAGAUCCAAAAAAUAAAAAUGUAUAAAUUAGAAAAUUGUAAGGGCAUUUAGUUCGAAUAAAUCGUCCGGUCCCGAACACGAGCACGCAGCCUCCUCAGUCGGCAGCACUAAGUCCUCCCUGUAGCUCGAGCCGCCGCUCCACCGCCAUUCUGCAGCACUCCUCCACCCAGCGCCGCCCUCUGUUACUAGGGCUUUGCAUACUUUGUUCCCAAUUUGUUCCAACAAAUAG